UAUUGUCAAAUGGCUGUAUAGUUUUGGUUGGUUGUUUUUGAACCCAAAGUGAAAUUACAUCUCUCUCACUCGCUCCCUCUGAUAAACUCAACUUAUCCAUUUUAUUUUUUUGCUUUCCAUCGCCUGGUUUCAAUUUGGUUUUUUUCAUUUUUGCAUUUGGUAUUGACUAUAUAUCACAUACACACACUAUAUACUACGUAUUUCUGGUUGUGUUUGGUCUUAUCUUGAGUUUUUUUUGUUGGUUGGGCUCCUCUCAAAAACGAAAAAAAAAAUCAUCAGUAAAUUUUUGUUUUAAUAGUCAUAUUAUUAUUAAUCGAAAGAUUCAUCAUUGCUACGACCGCUAUCGGCUUUAAGAAAUUUUUUUUACCAUCAAAAAAAUCCAAUUUGAUUGACGACACUAUUCAAUUCGAAAUUCGACUGUGUUUCAAUUCGAUUCUAUUUAUCAUCAAUUCUUCAUAAUAAACAAACAAAUAAUACAUUCAUAAUGUCUAAUGAAGCUGAAUUAUCACCCGUUUAUGCACCAUUUUUCGGUGUACUUGGUGCCGCAUCAGCCAUUGUAUUUAGUUCAUUUGGUGCAGCAUAUGGUACGGCAAAAUCUGGUACCGGUAUUGCUGCUAUGGCCGUUAUGAGACCUGAAUUAAUUAUAAAAUCAAUUAUUCCUGUUGUUAUGGCUGGUAUUAUUGCUAUUUAUGGUUUGGUUGUUGCAGCUAUUAUAGCUAAUAGUAUUGGUGAAGGUGGUCUUGAAACGGGUGGUUAUCAUUUAUUUAAAGGAUUUUUACAUCUUGGUGCUGGUCUUUCCGUUGGUCUAUCCGGUUUAGCAGCCGGUUUUGCAAUUGGUAUUGUUGGUGAUGCUGGUGUUCGUGGUAUAGCACAACAACCACGUCUUUUUGUCGGUAUGAUUCUUAUUCUUAUUUUUGCCGAAGUAUUGGGUCUUUAUGGUUUGAUUGUUGCAUUGGUUUUGGCAACCAAAAACUGAAAACAAAAA